AUGUCAUCUAUUCCUUCAAAUCAAACAAUUUUUGAAUGGUGUGCAGACCUGAAAAAGCUUGAUUUAUAUCUUAACUCCAUAAAUCAAUCACAAAGCAAAGAAGGUGUAAUACUGUUAAAAACAUUACUUAAAAAAGAUGAUUUUCCAAAAAAUAUUACAUGUGAAAGCAUUGAUGAUUGUUUUUUUUUUUCAUUGUCUACACAUCAAUUCCAACUAGUUCAAGCUGCUUGCAAGGUGAUACUAAAAACUCAAUUGUCACUACAAAUUAUUGAAUCUAACACACCAAUAAAUGUUCAACCAGUUCUUUUUCGGAGCUUAUUGAGUUAUGGGCGAGACUUCUUUGGGAAUGAUCCACAAAACAAUCCAAUUAUUUUAUAUCAUCGUUGGAUAAUAAGGUCAAGUUCAAAUAAUAUUGAAUUUGAAAUAAAUUUAGAUCAAAAUAAGAAAUCAGCUGAACUCUUAAAUGAAUUAUAUGUAAAAAUGACUGAGCAACUUAUGUCAAAUUCAACAACAAAUUCUGUUGAUCGUUUAUUUUGUAAUCAAUUAGCCUAUGAAUUAGGCGAAUAUUAUUUUGCUGUUGAUAAACAUUUAGCAAUAGAUUUUUUAUGUAGGUGUCUAUUAGAAAGUGAUGAAUCAAUGAUAGACCAUCAGUCUUUUUGCACAAUAAAUCAGCAAAAGAUUUUACCAUUAGUUACAUCACUUAAAGAAGUAAAAAUAGAGUUCAAUACAUUAAAUAAAAUAUUGUACUUUCAACAAAACCAAGAUUACGAAGGGGUGUAUAUUUUAUUGUUUAGAUUACUAUUAGAUAAAAAGAAAUUAGAUACUCAUUCACAUGAAGAACUUUCUUAUAGCCUUAGAAACAAUUUAGUGAAUGAGGCUAUGAAUUUACAACAGGAACAUUCUGCAAUUAAAAUAGCAAUCUGCAAUGCUUUAGAUUUAGAUGAAAAAAUGUUGGAUCAGAUACCUUUAUCAUGUAUUCAAUAUCUUGGCAACUAUUUUAAUGAGAAACUUUUAAAAGAUAUUAUUGAAAUAUUUAAGAAAUUAUUUGGAAAUUAUCCUGGUGUUAAUAUGAGUGCAAAUAAAAGAGAAUUUAUCAUACAGCUUAUUGGUAAAAUUAAUAAUGAAGAUGUUUGGAAUUAUAUUUGUAAAACUGAAGGAUUUGAAUUUAUACAAUAUUCAAUCGAAAAUAAUUUAGAAGAAUUUUCUUCAUUAUUUGUACCAUAUAGUCACAACAUUGAUUCUAUGGAAAUUAUUGAGCAUUUUGAUAUAAUAUUUGAUAUGAGUUUUCAAGAAAUAAGAAAUAUUCGUGCAGCAUUUUAUAAUUUUGUUAAAGCUUUAACAUUCAGAGGAAAUGAUUAUAAAUUGGUUCUUGAUUUUUUUGUAAGAAUAAAAAAAGUUGUAUGGAUUCAUCAAAUUUUCAGAAGUUUAAUGGCAGGGUAUUUAUGUGAAACUCAAAGACAGAAAAAAUAUAAGAAAUUAAACACCCAAUUAUAUGGACCAUUCACAAUACUAAUGAUGUCAACUAGUUGUGCAACAGAAAUUUGGCCUGAUAGAGGAUUACAUCAAUUGAGAAAGGUUCUUAAUGAAAAAAUCAAAAGAAUAAGAUAUGAUAUAACUGAAAUAUUAAUUGAUUGGUGUAAGCUAUCUGCAAAAAAUGACAAUCAACCAACAUAUCAAACGGAUCUUAUUUUAUCAAAUAUUUAUUAUUUACAAGGCUCUCCAUUGAAAUCACUGAGUUUGGAUGCAAUUGCAUCAAUGACUUUUUUUUUUACACGAUUGGAAAAAAUUGAGGAAUCUCUUGUUUCAUUUGAACAAAUAAUAAGAUGUUGUAUCUCUAGAAAAGUGUUUCAUCAAUUUAAUCGUGAUGAAAUAACUUAUAUUGAAAGCAGCUAUUUGCUUGACAUUUCUUUAAGUAAUGGGUCAUUGAAAACUUCCCAGUUUGCAAAUUAUUUAUGGGAAACCCAAUUAUUAAAAUAUAUUUGCAGUGAUGCAACAUCUUGUAAUGAAGUAGUUAAAUGGUUGAAAUCAAUUCUUUUUGAGGAAUCUCCUGAAAUGUUUCCAGAUAGUUUUGUACGAGAAGCCUACAAAAGAUACUUAUUUAGACCUAGAAUAAAACUUAUUGGAUUGGACAUUGAUCCAAAACAUUUAACUAAAAGAAUUGAAAGUAUAAAACAAGAUUUUCUUGUUGUUUUAAAUGAUUGGAUUAGCAAAGAUUAUGAGGGUUGGCAUUGUCCAAUGCGCCUCGUGGAAAACAUGUUGGACAUGUCUAAUGCAUAUCCAAUUAAAUCAGGACUUUUAGCAUCUAAAAGUUUUGUGUGUACCCGCCAAUCAAUAUAUACGAAUGUUAAAAUUAUCAUUCACAAUAUAAAUAUUUUACCUUCAGGAAAAAAAUUAUCAACUUCACCUUCUUUUGGGAUUCAUUGGCCUGACAUAGAAUCUCUUAUCAAAAAACAUGAAUCUCUUGAAUUUUUAGCAAAAUGA